CUUCCUGUCCUGGGCCUCGGUGGGGAAGAUUCAGCACCGGUGCGGUCACCUAUUGUCGAAAGUUGUUUUCGAAGUCAAUUUGCUCGGCUAGAAGUUUGGCGAAAAGGCUCCUCUUCAGAGCGAUCCCAUCCAUUUGUUUUCGUCUGCGUCGGAAAACUGUCUAGCGAGUCUUUGUAGGUUACUGAGAAGUUAGGGUCGGAAACCAGCUGA